AUGUAUGCUCAGGUCUGUACUCGUCCAUAUAUCGCUUAUAUCGCCGGUAUGCUAGGGCGUUACUUAUCUAAUCCUGGAUUAGCACACUGGAAAGCGGCUAAGAAAGUUCUACGAUAUUUGCAAGGGACCAAAGACUACAAACUAACGUAUAAAAGAAGUGACAAUCUAGAAGUAGUAGGUUAUUCCGAUUCCGACUUUGCCAAAAGCAAGAAAGAUAAGAAAUCUACUUCUGGGUAUAUUUUCAUGUUAGCUGGCGGACCUAUCUCUUGGCAGAGUCAUAAGCAGAAACUGACUGCAACGUCUACCAUGAUGGCUGAAUACAUUGUCGUUUAUAAUGCUACUUGCCAUGGGAUGUUAAUUAGGAAUCUGAUUUUGUUUGUCUAUUAA